AUGCGUUUAUACAGUGAAGAAUGGAGUUUUCCUGGCAUUAAUUAUGAUAAAAAUAUAAUAAUUGUUAAUGUCAAAGAAAAUUCUAAGACAUCUAAUUUACUUGAAUUUAUGAAAUCAACUUUUAAUGAGGAAUCAACUAGAAAAAUAAUCAUAAAAGGAUCUGAUCGUGCUUGCCAUAAAGUAGUAUCACUUUCUGAGUUGUUUAAAAGAACUUAUGAAAAAGUUAUCUACCAAACUAACAAAAUUACAUCUGUUCUAGAAAAUAGUAACAAUAUUAAUUGUGAAGAUGGUAAUAAAAUUUUUAAAAGGAAAACGAUACCAACUUUAUGGGUAUUAUUGUCAAAAGAUAAAUUAGAUCAAUGCCCUAUUAGAAAAAUUCAAAAAACUGUCAAGGGAAAGGCUGAUUUUGAGGAGUGGAUUAAAUGUACCUCUUUUCUUAAAAAACCAAUGGAAAAUGAUAAACAAAAGAAACGAUUGAAAAGACCUAUCCAGAGAGAAGACCCUGAUCAAGUUAAUCCAUGGGCUAGAAAAAAAAGAAUAAAACCAUCAGAAAAAAAAUAA